GAAUAACAUUAACAUUUGUUCACUAACACUGAUGAGCAGGGAUGACAUUCCAUCCCUGUUCUCACCUUUUCCUUCUUCUACCUCUUUCUUUACCUGCCCUUCUUUUUAUUCAUCCUUUUCUUUUGAAAUUAUUUUAUUAUUAUUUAAUAAAGAAAGUUAUAUAAACACCCGCAUAACAGAGUGCUGGCAGCAGCCAUUUUACAUCACUUUCGAGCUACCUUUCUUCUUCUUUUUUUUUUUUUUCUUUUUUUCUUUUCCAUCUAAAUCUAAUCUAAUCUACUGCUGCUUUCAAAACUUUGCUUCUCUUUUCAAAUUCUGAAAUGGGUUGUUCUGGAUCCUCUCGAGCCAAAGGAGACGACCAUUCAAAGAAAAUCCGGAAGCCAAAACCAUGGAAGCAUUCCGAGCCAAUUACAAGGACACAACUCCUGCAGAUGCGUGAUGAGUUUUGGGAUACUGCUCCUCAUUAUGGGGGACGGAAGGAGAUAUGGGAUGCACUUCAUGCUGCUGCUGAAGCUGAUUUAACUCUUGCACAAGCUAUUGUGGAUAGUGCUGGUGUGAUUGUUCAAAGUGAAGACAUGACAAUCUGUUAUGAUGAAAGAGGUGCAAAGUAUGAACUUCCUAAGUAUGUCUUAAGUGAGCCAACCAAUUUGGUUCGAGAUGAUUGAAAAUAGGGGCUCUUGAUGAAUGAGUAUCAGACAUAAGAUGUUUUUGGGUCUACUCCUGUUAGUGACCCUAUAAAUGGCACCACCAUCUUAGGUUCACUCAACAUUAGUACAAAUGAAUCGAAGAAAUGGGAGAAGCUGCUCGUGAAAGAGCGCCCUGUUCCAGCAUUUGUCAUGGCCACUUCCAAUUGAGGCUUUCUUCGUACAGAUCCACCUGCACCAACUUUGCUUCCCCUAUGUGGCUUUCUACUUCUAGCAAUAUUCCGCUCUCAGGCCAUCCUCUCUUCGACAAUGGCAGCACCACCUCUGAUUCUUGGAACAAAGAAUACCUACUUAGAUAGAUACGUAGAAACGUGAUAAAUUUAUUGCAUUUGUGACUUUGAUGCUUUACUGCCGGCGCUGCUGCUGCUCCUCCUCCUCCUCAUCUAUCGUUUGAAUAUGGUUUACAAGAUGAGGAAGAGCUCUCUAACCCUGCAAGAGAAGCUACAUAUUGGGGAAGAUGGGUUCUUUGCUGGCUGAUUUUUUUUUUUUCUCAAUUAAAUAUCCAGUCAGCAAAAACCACUGCAGAAAGUUGGCGGAUUGUAUUUUAGAAAAAAAUAAAAUUAAACUUUGAUGCUUUUUGAGAAAAAGUUGUAAAUUUUAGUUAAAAUUGUUAAAACAUCAAAAGUUGGAGAAAUUUUUAGAUGAUUAGGCCUUAUUUUUUAAACUGUAAA